UAAGCUUCCCACCAAGGGCUUCUCUAAGCUGGAGAUACAGGGCAUGGGUGAGCUGGGGCUGGCCGAACCCCCAGCUGUAGAGCCUUCAGUGGCUUACCACCUCCACCCUAACCGCAGAUCGGUUUCAGCAUCCUCAAACAUCUCGCUCCCAGGUAAAAUGGACCGCCUCACAGCCUCCAUUUACCAAAGGAUGUACAGAUAUGCGGGUCAGUCAGUGUGCUCACUUAACGCGGUUACACUGCUGUCUGCGUACCAAGGUGAAAUCUUGGAGGAGAUGGGGCGUCAACUGGACUCGGGGACACCUAACCCCAGUCUAUGGGAUGAGAUCUGUGUGGUGAACGAUCUCAUCUUGCGCUCCUCUAGAGGUGCUGUUCAAGGUUGUGGUCGGGUCAUGGGUCUGGCUGUCUCAGGGGAAAGAGGCCUAUGGUUAAACCUGUCAGGCCUGAGUGAUUCCCAGAAGGCUGAGAUCAUGGAUGCGCCCUAUGACCCGACAAAAGGUCUAUUUGGCCCCUCCUUGGAGAAGAUGAGGGAGACGAGUAACCUCAGAAAACAGGAGGGAGAGGCUUUUAACCUUUGUUUGCCUCGUAAGCCCAGCCAAACCCCCCCACAGGGACCCAGACCUGGGUUUGCGGCUGCUGCAGUGAGAGUACGGCAAGGUGGAGCCAAGCCUUCAAGGAGACCUGCCACACAAUCCACCCAGCAAAGCAAAGCGGAGAACCCAAGACCAUGGGGGAAGCACUCUUUUGCAGCGGCCGCUGCAAAAAAUCGUCCAUCCCACCCUGGGGAGAGCAAGAAAAAGCGGGCAACCUAACCCCACUGUUAACCAUCUCCCCUCUGAAGAGAAGGUUUCCAGGCACCAGGGCAAACUUCUCUGUCCAGGAUUCAGAUGCUCCUGUAGUUCCCAGUUCACCAGGAGGCAUGUUAAAUUCUCCCUCUCACGUUCAGAGAGAAGACAUUUUGGGGUGGAGGACACAGUGUCACAAAACACUCCACAGCACGUUAUCAGUGUCACCAAGCACUCAGCUGUGCCCCAUGUUACAAAGUGUUGUUCAGGGGGAAUUAGAGAAAAUAAAUACAGCUUUUCUGCAGCCAGGCAUGUUGCCAAGGGCAGAAAGCCCCCCACAAAAAAGAAAAAAAUUAACACAAAUGGCUCUCUGCCACUCCCCUCUGCGCCCAGCAGAGGGAGCUCGCGCUCUUUACAACAGAGCCGAGCGCAGCAGUGCAGAGGGGAUGACGUCACUCAGCAGCGACGCUUCUCCUCUCUCUGCUCGGGCAGAUCAGUGGCGCGCAUGCGCUGUCUCUCCAUGGGUUUUGCAUACAAUCUCCAAGGGUUACAGACUGCAGUUUGCCACGAGACCUCCGAGAUUCAACGGAGUGCUCUCCUCGGUUGCCACCGGGGAUUCAGCUCACGUCCUGAAAGACGAAAUAGCAUCCCUUUUAGAGAAAAAAGCGAUCAGAGUUGUACCGGACGAGGAGGUUCGUCAGGGCUUCUACUCGCGCUAUUUUCUCAUUCCAAAGAAAGACGGCGUAUCACUACGCCCCAUUCUGGAUCUGCGUGUGUUAAACAGACACUUACGCAGAUAUACAUUCAGGAUGCUCACACACAAAGCACUGUGCCGUUCCAUCCGUCCGGGGGAUUGGUUUGUAACCAUCGACCUCGCGGACGCCUAUUUUCACAUCUCCAUUUACCCCCCACACAGAAAGUUUCUCAGGUUCGCUUAUCAGAGCGCAGCCUACGAGUUUCAGACCAUCCCGUUCGGGCUGUCAUUAGCCCCGAGGGUGUUCAGCAAGUGUGUGGAGGCGGCGCUGUCCCCUCUGAGGACGCGCGGGAUCAGAAUAUUUUCGUACAUAGACGAUUAUCUAAUCUGCUCUCGGUCAAGCGAGCAUGCAGUCAGCGACUCCCUGGCAGUGAUCAACCACCUCAUCAACCUCGGGUUCAGAAUAAAUCAAGCCAAAAGUCGCCUGACUCCCGUGCAAUGCACGGAGUAUUUGGGUCUCAAAAUAAACUCCCUCUCUUAUCGUGUCACACUAUCAGAGGGGAGAAUCCUGUCAUUCACCCAGUGCAUGACGCGUUUUCAGUUGGGAAACGUCGUUACAUUCAGACUGUGCCUGCGGCUCCUCGGUCUUAUGGCAUCCGUGAUUUCAGUGGUCCAUCUGGGGCUUCUGAUGAUGAGGGACUUUCAGCGGUGGGUCGCCUCGCUGCGACUCUGUCCCUGCCGUCAUCUGUGCCGCAGAGUAAAAGUGACACAGACAUGCGUGGCGGCUCUUCAGCCCUGGAGAGACCCGACGGUUCUCACGUCGGGCGUCCCGCUGGGGACUGUAGCAUCCAGGGUUACCAUGACAACCGAUGCUUCCCUGACAGGUUGGGGCACAACUAUGAUGGGCAGAGCGGUGAAUGGCAUAUGGUCGCCGAGAAUGAGGCGGCUUCACAUCAACAUGCUGGAACUGCACGCAGUGUUCCUAGCUCUGAAGCACUUCAUGCCAUAUGUGAUGGGUCGCCACGUCUUGGUAAAGACCGACAACUCCACUGUGGUGGCUUAUAUCAACCGUCAGGGCGGCACCAGGUCCCUGCAGUUACACAGACUGGCCAGGGACAUAAUUAUGUGGAGCAGCACCAGAGUUCUGUCGCUCAGAGCAACGCACGUAGCGGGAAUUCUGAACAGAGGGGCCGAUCUUUUAUCCAGAGGGAACCCUCUCUAUGGGGAAUGGAAGCUGCAUCCACAGGUGGUGGAGCAGAUCUGGCAGAGAUACGGACGGGCUGCCGUAGAUCUCUUCGCCUCAUGGGAAAACACUCAUUGCCCGCUGUUUUUCUCCCUGUCAGACCCAGACGCUCCACUGGGUAUGGACGCGCUGGCGCACCCAUGGCCAGACGCGUUGCUUUACGCUUUCCCUCCUCUCAGCCUGAUAUCCCCAACUCUAGUCAGAGUGAGGGAACAGGGGCUGUCUUUGAUUCUGGUGGCUCCCUGGUGGCCAUCGAAGCCCUGGGUGGCAGAGAUAAUCCAAGUCCUGUCAGCCGAACCAUGGCCCCUCCCCGUUCGAAGGGACCUGCUGUCUCAGGCUCAAGGGGAGAUUUAUCAUCCACACCCAGAUCACCUGGCUCUCUGGGCCUGGCCCGUGAAAGGUGGAAUUUAAAUGCAA